AGCUUAGCCAUUAGCCCCUUCAGUCUCGUCACCGUUCACCAAGUGUGUGCUCUGUUAUUCCUAUUUUCUUUCCGUUUCUCUCGGUGUUCCGAACCGAACCCGCAUGGAUCCAUUCGGCACGAACCGUCUCCCGAGCCGAAAGCCCUCCGCCUCAGAGCGCUACCUAGGCGUUCCGUCUCACGCGCCGCCGCACUCCCCGUUCGUCGCCACCAACGUUGAGCUCCAAGAGGACGACGUAGUUUUCUUUAACGGCGACUACCACACCGAUUUAAACCACUACAACGCCUCCACUCCUUCCUCUUCCACGUCCUCCUCUGCGUCUGCCACUCCCAACCACCACCUCCUCCAUCACCACCACAACCACAACCACCACCCUCACGGCAUACUCGCCGCGCUCCCCGAGAACGAAACCUCCCACAGCCUCCGAAACGUUUCGCAGCACUUCCACAAGGCCUCAAUCUCCUCCAUAUCCUCCGCUUCCUCUUCCUCCUCCUCCUCGCGCGUCAUUCCCGCCAUCCCGCGGCCUCCGCCCCCGGCGCAACCUUCCUCCUUCAAGUUCCACCAGUCCGCGCCGGUAAACGUCCCGAUCUUGUCGGAUAAGGCGCGGCGGAGGCAGUGCGAGUUCGAUGAUGACGACGAGGAGGAUGAAGAUGGGGAGAUGGUGCCGCCGCACGAAAUCGUGGCGAGGAACUCAGCGCAAUCGCCGAUUCUUGCUUAUUCGGUAAUGGAAGGGAUAGGGAGAACGCUGAAAGGAAGGGACCUGCGUCAGGUUCGAAAUGCUGUUUGGCGCCAAACAGAUGUUUUAUGGAGGUUAUGCAAAUGGAAAUGCAUCUAUAAAUGUGGUUUAUUUCUCAGCUUUAAACACGUGCCUAUGGAAUUGGAAGCUCCAACUGGAUCCUAAAUCUAAUGAAUAUUGUUGGUACGUUCAAGCUGUCAUGCUCAGAUUUGGUCUAGCUCCCUUUUUCAGGGUUAAUGGUAAAUGGAUAAUUUCUCUUUUAACCUGUCUUUCGAAUUUCAACGUUUGGUAAUCUAAUAAAAAAACAGAUUGGUCAGGGCAUUGAUUACCCAAUGUUGUUUUGCCCCCCACAGUGAACAGUGAGAUAUAUAUCUGACAAAUUCGGAUAUGGUGGCUCUGUUUGGUCUUGUUUAUUGGGGACCUGAUUUAUUUCAGUGUUGAUGAUACUGAUGUUUGUAUUAUCGUCAAUAAUUUUACAGACUAAAAACAAGUAGAGGUGGAUGUAUUGUUACUCUGGGUAUGUAGGUUAACAACUAUGAAGAAAACUUAAUCUGUGCUUAUGAAUGAAAGAAUGGAAUGGAAAUAGGGAUGGCAAUCAAACCCAAAUUUGAUGGGUAUUAAUAUAAGUUUCUUGCAGUGGAUCUGAUCCUGUAUAGAUAUUUACCAAGAUUUUUGCAUGUAUUGAUACAAGAUUAUAGGUGUUAUUGUGCCUAAACUUGCGAAAACCUGCAUAAUUAUUUAUGAUAUUUUAUGAUUAGAAGAUGAAAGGUUUUUAAGUACUUUUAGAAAUGAAUUAUCAUUGUAUAUAUUUUCUUUUGUCGGUUUAUU